CGUUCACAAUAGCCGCACUGUUUGGACGAUAUGGAGAAAUGAUAAUCAGUUUCCCCUCAAAGUGAAUGAACGACUCAUAUGCAGAAAGACUCGCCCCUUGUGCUCUCUGCCAUGGGUGGCUGGAACAAGUGAAAACAGGGGAAUGUGUCAGUGUUGGUGUGAAUCACGAUAGCCCCAUUUCUGGACAGGAUGAAUGAAUGAGAGGAGUGCAAGUGAUUGAUGGGUGAAUGUUGGUGGUGAUGCAGAGGUUGUUAUUAUGGAAUGAGUGAAGAGUGGUAUUGUUACUUAAGGAGUAGUGCUAAUCAAUAAUCUACAAUGCCACUACAUUAAAUUAUACUGUGAAAAUCAAUCUUUACCACAUUCUAUCUAUGGAUCUUGUUGAGCUGUAAGCAGUCGUGGUUGAAAAUUAGGUAGUAAUUGUUUGGAGUUUUAGUUUUGUUAUCGGCAGUAAGCUUAGUAAUGGGGAGAUUAAUUUGCCUUAAGCUAUGUUGGUCAGUACAGUUAUAAUCAUGAUAAUCUUUUAAAAGCACCAGAAACUCCCACUGCAGUCUGUUGAAGGUACAGGCUACUUGUUACACUCGUGAAGACGCCCUUCAGUACCUCAACAAUCUGUUGACACUUUUUUCCCCAAUGAUAUACACAAUAAAGGGAUUACGAAACUUAAACUAGAAUACUUCUUAAUGAUAUACACAAUGAAAGGAUUACGAAACUUAACCCAGAAUAUUUUUUUCUUAAUGAUCUGCACAAUAAAGGGAUUACGGAACUUAACCUAGAAUACAAAAACGUUAAUAUUAUUUCAAUAUUAUUCAAGAAGGAUUAAAAAUGGGAAUGGUAGUCUACCAAUGAAAAGUAUGAAUGGUUUGGUUGGAGCCGAGGACAAGACUGGCGAACCCUCCAGCAGAUGUUUGUGUCGAGGCGGAGGGGGAGGAGCCUUGCACUCACUGACGGCUCUGCUGUUCAGCCACCAUGACCAUCUUCAGCCUGUACAUCCUUAGUAAGUCAGGUGGCCUCAUCUACCAACAUGACCACAACUUGCCUACCAUUGAGAAUGAGAAGACCUUCAGCUUCCCCCUGGAGCUCAAACUUGACGUGCAGAACAGGAAUGUCAUGGUCUCUUUCGGCCAGCGGGAUGGCAUCAAAGUUGGUCACAUGUUGGUGGCCAUCAAUGGAAUGAAGGUGACAGGCCAGCAGCUGGAUGAUGGCCGGGAUGCCCUACAGGUACUGCAGGAUGAGGCCAACUACCCUAUCAACCUCAAGUUUGCCCGGCCCAGACUCACCACCAAUGAGAAGAUUUUCCAGGCAUCCAUGUUCUACCCGCUGUAUGCCUUGGCCUGUCAGUUGAGUCCAGAGCCAAGGAGUUCUGGCAUUGAGGUGCUUGAGGCUGACAACUUCAGGAUGAAUUGCUUCCAGACCCUCACAGGAGUAAAGUUUAUGGUGAUCUCGGACCCCAAACAAAGUGGUGUUGACGCACUGCUUCACCGAGUGUAUGAGCUGUAUGCCGACUUUGCCUUGAAGAAUCCUUUCUACUCCCUUGAGAUGCCCAUCAGAUGUGAGCUGUUUGAUGAGCACCUCAAGACUGCCCUGGAGCAAGCUGAGCGCCCAGGCUUCAGCAAUGUCUGAUCUGCCCCCCUACAGACCCACCAGAGCGGGGAUGGUGGAGGUGUUCAGUGGAACUGUCUGACAGAGUAGAGAUGCCCCGCCCUGGAGCAUGUCGAGCAUACGUCUCCCAACGCCGCUGUUUCUCGUCAAUGGUCCGCUGCAGCCGGGCCACCUCCUGCUCCACACGUGCUGCCUGUGAUCAGUGCAGGGGACAGUAUCAGAGCCUAGUUCUGAUUGCCUUCACCUGCAACCAGUAUUUUCUCCACCUCUGGGCACUAUAAGAUCCAUGAGACUGAACUGUAUCAGAUAAGGGCUCCUCAUAUGUAUGCCACAUAUCACAUAAUUUUACAAGAUCAUUUCAAUAAUAUAUAUAUAUUAAAAAUUUUAAGUGUGAUUAAUCUCAUAUCACAAAGAUCACAAUCAACACAUGAAUUAUAAUGUGAGGAUGUGUGGCCAAGGAUCUGCAACACAGAUACUAAUGGCACAGAGCUGACAAGCAGUGUCAAAAGUAUCAAGAAAGAAACAUGAUGAUCCAAAUUGUGUGAUGGACCAGAUGUGGCAUAUGCCAAACAAUAGAAAUGCUCUUUAAAUGAACAAGUUGUCCAUUAUUGUGUGUAUUACUUUAUAUGACUAAACACAGAAUUAUACACAUUAAAUUAGCAAUUUGCAAUACUCCAAAGAUAACUAACACUACUUCAGACUGUCCUACCUGAAUAUCUUUGAGUUCGUCCUUCCAAUCCACAGCCUUGCAGGAGCCCACCACCUCAAGACUUCCUGCCUCCACCUCACUCUUGCCUUGGCUGUCCCUCAAGUUCUGUAUCUUGCUGGUGACACUGUUUUGGUUGCCUCCUAAUGCAAUCCUGAUCUCCUAUUGGAAAGACAAACACAUCAGCAGACAGAAGUAGAGUACCAUUGAGUGUACUUCUAAUUUGAUAGAACAUCAUUAGUUCAUAUGAUAAUGUAUGUAUUCCUAGACACAAAUCAGCUAUUUGUUGCAUCCACUAUGAAAGUGUCAGCCAGCUGAGAUCAUGUGGCACUGUGGCAUGAUGAUAGGGAUGACAAUGCAAAGGGGAAUGGCACCGUGACACAAUAGGUGGUGUUAAAGGGAGGGCUUAUCAGAGAGAGAGAGAGAGAGAGAGAGAGAGAGAGAGAGAGAGAGAGAGAGAGAGAGAGAGAGAGAGAAAUACAUCUUUUAUGGUUAUGUGUAAUGUUAUAUCAUUUAUUUCAUCAUAAUCAACAGAAAUGACACAUAAAUUAUGACAGAGAAAUGUUGUAAGGCACAUAGAAUAAAAACAAGGAUAAAAGGGAGCACAGGAGUCAGUGGAACAGGAGAUAUGAGGAGCCUUGAGAUUGUAGGGUAAAGGAACACAAGUUGCUUAUCAAAGAAGAUAAAACACAUGACUUCCUCAAGACUGCAUUCCAUCAUUCACCUUAAAUCUUUAUAACUACCUUGAACAAAGAAUUGAAAACAUACCAUGCACAUAUCACCAGAAAUUAGAGUUCUUGUUUUGUUACUUUUGGUGCAGAACCUUUGAGGGACCAUUCUUAUAUCUUUCAUCACCUUUCUAUGGUAUCCCAUCAAUAAACCAUGUACAUGAUAACACUAGAAACUGUUAUUAUUGUAUUGUUAUGUCUGGCACAAAACUUCCAAUGGUUCAUUCUUAGACCUUUUGUCACCCUUCAUGUGUACAGGUAGUAAGCUUGUGUUAUCUUAUCAUGAUUUUAUCAAACAUGUGUAAUCUCGUGUCCACUUCCCCACUGCAUAACAUAACUGGCAACUUGUCAUUACCCAUUACUCCCUUGUCAUUACCAGUCAUAAAUUAACUCACCAAGCUAUCAUAAAAUCUUCCAAACCAUCAAUUCAUCCUGACUUUUAAAAUCUCAUCUGUUUCUGUAAAUGUAAUGAAGGUAAUGACAAUGCUUCACUGGACCACCAGGUGACUUUAUCUGAUAUGUUUUCAACAGUCUCUGCAAUCUUUUCCAAGAAUGAGGUGAAGUGGGAAGCUUUGGAGUGGAGGCGACCACAGAUAGUGGCUUCGGAGGAAAGGAUGUGAGGAAAGAGGAAGGCAUAUGAUGAGGAAGGGAAGGGGGGUGGAGAGAGAGAGAGAGAGAGAGAGAGAGAGAGAGAGAGAGAGAGAGAGAGAGAGAGAGAGAGAGAGAGAGAGAGAGAGAGAGAGAGAGAGAGAGAGAGAGAGAGAGAGAGAGAGAGAGAGAGAGAGAGAGAGCAGGUGAGGAUGGGGGGAAGAAACACAAUGUAAAAGGAGUUGAUGUUAUGUGAAAGAAGGAAGUGUAAUAAGUUAAGUGGAAAAGAUGAGGGAGAAACAAAUUAAAUUAAGGAAAAUUAUCAAGAGUGGAACUGUUAUGAGAAAAAUCAAGGAAAGGGCAUGUCUUCUCAAAACGUCCAGGCUGUCUGCUAUGUAUUAGGUACAACUAAUACAUAUUAUGAAGUGAAGCAAACUGAUUAAAGGAGCCUGGAGAAAACCAGUUCAGGGAAAAUUGAGGUGAAGAAAGAGUGAAAUAGAGGGAUGAAAUUGUGGUAGAACAGCAAAGGAUGGAAGCCACAGAGGAAGAUGCAACAGAUAGAAACAACUGGAGAAGACUUGUACAUGAUGCCAACCCCUCAUUCUAGGGAAACAGUAAAAGGAGAUGUUAGUGAAAUGACAUAUGAAUGUUAGAUAUAGAGAGUGGAGAGAGGUGUGAGGAAGAAGCUAUUAGUGGAGAGAGGUGUGAGGAAGAAGCUAUGAGUAAAGGUAUCUAGUAGAGAGAAGCAUGAGGGAGAGAAGCUAUAAAUAAGGGAAUCUAGUGGAGAGAAAUGUGAGGGAGAAGCUAUGAGUAAUUAUGUCUAAAGGUGCCUGAUUUAAUGGCUCCAUCAAAGGGGAAGUCUAGGAACACUGGAUGAAGAAUACAAGUUAUCAGCUUCAGCACUCCUCACAGAUAAGAAGAUAGACCAGUAAUCUCUCAGCCCAUGAGAAUGUAAAAAUUAUGACCGUCUCAGUAUUUGAUUUAUAGCUGAUAAGAUGAAUGCAUUAUAGGGCAAAUCCUGAUAUAUAAAGAAUGUGUACAAUCCACAAAAAAUAUUACUUUGCCAAAACCCUUCAA